AUGAAUCUCUCGCUGGUUGAUCCCUUUGUCCUUGCGCAGGACUGCCCCGAUGUCAUCACCGGCCGCCUACGCAGCGGCCAUUCAACCUCAAUUCGCUUCAGCCACCGCGGCGACCUGCUUGCGUCCGGACGGCACGACGGCAUAGUCGUCAUAUUCGACAUCGAGACAAACGGCGUCGCGCGCAAGCUUCGCGGCCACACACGCCAGGUCCAGUCGCUCAGCUGGUCCACGAAUGAUCGCUACCUUCUCAGCGCUGGGCAGGACUGGAAGUGUGUGCUAUGGGACCUGAAGGAUGGCUCGCGGGUGCGCACUGUCCGCUUUGAGGCAGCCAUCUUCAUAGCAGAGCUGCACCCAAAGAACCAUAUGGUCUUUGUGGCUGCCCUCUUCGAAGACCAGCCUGUCAUCGUCGACAUGUCCGAGGAAGUCCCCGUCAAGCACUCCCUAUCGUCCGCGCCCCACCGAACCGACAUAGAACGUGAGAACGCUUCCGAGAAGCAGACGGCCCAGGAUGCCAAGCAGACGACCACUAUGACGCUCUUUUCACCCACUGGCCAACACAUCAUAGCAGGCACAAACAAGGGGUGGCUGAACAUUAUAGAGACCGAGACGCACCGAGUACGCUACUCUUUCAGGGUCACCAACAACAUCAUCGUUUACAUUCGCUUGACGCCCUCGGGUAGAGACGUUGUGCUCAACUCCAGCGAUCGCAUCGUCAGGACACUUCAUCUACCUGACUUGAGCGACCCAAAGUUGGACUUCGACACACUUCAGCUCGAAGUUGAACACAAGUUCCAGGAUCUGGUACAGAGGCUUUCGUGGAACCAUGUAUCAUUCAGUCCUUCAGGCGAAUACGUCACGGCCUCUACCUGGAUGAAUCAUCACAUUUACGUGUGGGAACGUGGACAAGGUAGUUUGGUCAAGAUCCUGGAAGGCACCAAGGAGGAGCUGUCUGUGGUCGAAUGGCACCCAUUCCGACCUUUUGUCGCUGCUGUCGGAGUGGAUUCUGGUCGCGUCUGGCUCUGGUCCAUUCUCCAGCCCCAACGUUGGUCUGCCCUCGCACCGGAUUUCGUCGAAGUAGAAGAGAACGUAGAAUACAUCGAGCGCGAAGAUGAGUUCGACAUACAGCCUCUAGAGGAGCUACACAAGCGACGUCUAAACGCCGAAGACGAAGAAGUCGAUGUCCUCACCGUAGAUCCAGUUAAGACCUCGGCUACAGAAUUCGGACCGGCUAUAGGAGACGCAGAAUUCAGGAUGCCUGUGUUGUUGGAUAUAGAGGCUAGUGAUAGUGAGGACGAAGUCGUGGCAAUCGGCGCUGGUCAGUUCAGGCGGCGCAGUCCUGGUGCUGGUAGAGAAUGGAUGAACGACGAUGAGGUGGCAGUUAGUGGUGAUGAGGCACGAAGAGCUAACGGUACCACAGUGAAUGGUACUAAAAGACGGCGAGCCGGAUGA